AUGACUCAAGGAAAGUUUUGGGCCGUAUUAUGUAUAUUAGAUGAGAGAAUCAUCGAUGGUAAUUCUUAUUACUUAAUUCAAUGGAAAGGAAAUGAUAAGAAUGGGAAUCCUUGGACCCCAACUUGGGAACCUGGUGAAAAUUGCACUCAAAGUUUAAUUAACGACUGGAAAAUGAGAAAGCUUGAAACAAAACAAGAUUAUCGAUGUCAUCGUGAGAACUCUGUUAUAUCUGAUUCUACUGUAACCGAUGGUUCUGAUCAACGUUGUUCUGAUGUUUUGACAUUAUGGGACGAAAUAUCAAUUAAAGGCAGUAACAAUCCUAGUGAAUCUUCAAUUGUCGAUCAAGAUAUAUAUGAUAACUCUAUAAUCCAUGAUUCGCAACAGCCGUUAAAAAGAUCUCAAACUGAAUGCCAAUCGGAAAAUUCUGUCGGCGAGGAGGAAAUAAUUCAUCAUGCUAAUAAGAAAAAUCGAACACAAGAGUCAUUUAUUAGUAAAGAAUUCACAUCUGAUAAGGAUAAUAAUUGUUCUUACCAAGAAUCUUUUGCUCAACAAACUGGCUCUUUCGAAAUAGAAUCUUGCAUUUCACAGACUCCAUUAAGUCCUCAAUGUAUACCAACUCAAUCUUCGGUAUCAACAGAACAAACUGACAAUGAUUUAAAUAAUAAAAAAAUGCUUCCAAAUCUGCCUUCUCAUUGUCAACCGCAAAUAUCUCAUGAAUCUUUGCAGACUUUUUCAUCUUUGGCAAGCAAUGGUGCUGAAUGCACUUCUGCAUCAUCUGAUUUAAAUUCAGAUCUAUUACUCAAAGAUCCCGUGCUUUUGACGAAGGAGCUCCAAAAUAAAGACGAUACUAUUGCAAUUAUGGACGAAGAACGUGACCGAUUACAACAAACAAUGUCUCAAAUCAAAAGGAACUGGCAAUUACAACAAGAAAAAGCAAUUAGUUUGUCCAAAGAGAAUGAACAAAUCAAACAACAACUUCAGCAGAAAACUAAAGAUUAUGAAAACAUUCGUUUUCAAUACUUGUUUUAUCAGCAAACUAUUCAACAAUUGCAAGAACUUUGUAAAUGUCAUAGUGAAAAGGACAUUCAACAUAGUUUAGAGUUAGAAGAAUCAAAGCGGAAAUAUGAAAUUAUUCGUCAAAAUGAUAUUAAAGUAAUUGAAGAAUUAGAAAGAUCGACUAAAAUUGUGAUCGCGGAAAAUCAAAAACUGAAGCAGGAACUUGAAAAUAUUAAAUCCUUUAACGCAAGUAUGGAGAAUAUGAAUAAGUCAUCCCAAAAUUUAAUGGUCUUGGGCAAGCAAGACUUAUUAAUUGAAGAUUCAAGUUUGUCCAAUAACGAGAAGACGGGUUUAUCAUCUAAUAAGUUAAAACAACCAUCCAUAGUAAAACUGGGCUUGGAUUAUGAAACUUUGUUAUCGGAAAAUAAACGUCUGGAGUCAGAUAUAAAAACUUUAAAUCUCCAAAAUAUGCUUCAACAGCAGGAUCUGAAAUUAAUGGAAGAAAAGUUGUUGCAAAAUGAUUCAACAUUACGGUUUUUUAUGGAUCUUCAGCAAGUUAAUAAAGUUGGUAAGUAA